AUGCAGCGCUUUGUCCCUAUAGCCCACAUCGUUGCGGUGGUCUUCGCCAUUAUCGAGCUCGGGCUGACAGCUUAUCUGGUAUCUCCGGAUGGCUGGACUCCGAGUGUCUUCGGGUUCAUGCACUUCAGCUCGAUUUGGUCUCUGGUGGUUCUUGCCUAUAUUGGUUUGACACCCUUAUACUUCGCCCGUGUCUUCCACCGUUUGGCGGCUCUGGGUCUCGAAUGGAUCACGAUGAUCUUCUGGUUCGCCGGCUCCAUCGCGCUGGCCGCGAGAUGGGGCUCUCCGAGAUGCGACGGCAACACAUACUGCGGCUCUGUCGGGGCAGCGAUUGCCUUUGGCUUCUUUCUCUGGGCCACAUUUGCUUUCCUUGUCUUUGUCGAUACCCUCGAAGCGCUCCGAAGUCGCGGCCAUCAUACCUCGACUGCCCAUCCUAAGCCACCGAUGGCCGUGUAA